CUCUUUCUCCCAUGUAUGUGUCUCCUAUCCUCUGGUGCACCACUUCCUCAACCCUCCCCCCUCCUCCUCCUUGUGCGCUCCUCUUUAGCCAACACGCCUGCCAUCCAAGAGGAGAAGGGGUCUUGCUUCCGUUUGGUCAGCUCAGGGAGGCAGUGUUUGCACCCAGUGUCUACCCAACUGAGCAAACAGCUCUGCUGCUGUAGUGUUGGCAAAGCCUGGGGCCCUCGUUGUGACAAAUGCCCUCCUCAAGGAACAGCUAAGUUCAAAGACAUCUGUCCCGGUGGAAUGGGCUACACUGUUCUACCAAAUCCGCCUGUCAAUAAGCCAGUCACCGUUCACCAGGCACCCAUUGAGCCUCUACCCCUCCAACCACUGCCAACACCAGAGAGACCAGUGGAGGCUUUUGGGAAACCAGAAGAGAUUAUACCAGUAGCAACAGCUGCACCAGAUGAGGAGCUGGUAGUUCCUGUGGUUAGUGAUAGGCCACUAGUUGAACCUAUCCUGCCCCAGCUAUCUCCGGGUGUAUCUACUGUCAAGAUCGAGGCAGCCUACCCAGAGGUUGUUGAGAGGAGCUCUCCACCUGAACCAGUGGAGAUCCUGCCAUCUAACGCAGGCCAGGACAUCGCCCCCACCCAGUCAGCUGAGGUGGAUGAGUGCCAGAUCAACCCUUAUAUUUGUGGCCAGGGGAUUUGUUACAACACAGCAGAGGGUUACACCUGCCACUGUGAUGAAGGAUACCACCUGGAUGACACCCAAUCCACCUGUGAAGAUGUAGAUGAGUGUUUGGAAAGCCCAUCUUUGUGCUUUGGCGGUCGCUGCAAGAACACAGAGGGCAGUUUUCUGUGUGUGUGUGCGCAGGGAUUCCUCGUGGAUGAAGAAGGAACCACUUGUGUUGAUGUGGAUGAGUGCCAGUAUGAGCGGAUCUGUACCCGGGGCCACUGCCAGAACACUGACGGCUCCUUUCUGUGUCAGUGUGGGCCCGGCUUCACCCUGUCCCCGGCUGGAGACCGCUGUGAUGAUGUGGAUGAGUGUGUAGAGGAGCCCGGGCCCUGUGAGGCCAUGGGCCAGUGUGUCAACAACAUGGGCUCAUACAGCUGCAGCUGCCCUCGGGGGUACCGGCAGAUCAAUGGCACCCGCUGCACAGAUGUUGAUGAGUGUGUGGAUGAAGCAGAGCUCUGUUCCCCCCACGGCGAGUGUCUCAACACAGACGGAUCCUAUCUGUGUGUGUGUGAGAGGGGAUUCACUGCAAACCUUGACACACCCUCCUGUGAUGAUAUUGAUGAGUGUGGGCUCAAUGAGACGCUGUGUGGCCCUCAUGGCUACUGUGAGAACAGACUGGGCUCCUUCCAAUGCCUCUGUGACCAGGGCUACCACGAGUCCCUGGAUGGCCAAGGCUGUGUGGAUGUGAACGAGUGUGAGCUGCUGAGCAGUGUGUGUGGAGAGGCCCAGUGUGUGAACGCUGAUGGUUCCUUCCUCUGCAUGUGUCCCAGCGGCCAGGACUAUAAUGUCAUGAUCGCCAAGUGUGAGCCCGUUCCCACAGUGUCAUCAGUGGAGCAUAAGGAGUGCUACUACCGUCUGAACGACAAAAACCUGUGUGAGAGUGUGCUGACCAGCCAUGUCACCCUGCAGGAGUGCUGCUGCACUCUGGGAGCCGGCUGGGGAGAUAACUGUGAGGUGUACCCCUGUCCUGUCAAUGGCACAGACCAGUUUGAUCAGAUGUGUCCAUCUGGAAGAGGAUUUAUUCCCAAUGCAGACUUCCUAUACGGAGUGGCCACAGCUGACAGCUACAAGGAUGCAGAUGAGUGUACUCUGUUUGGCCAGGAAGUGUGUAAAGGAGGAUUCUGUCUGGACACUGUGGGCAGCUACGAGUGUUACUGUAAGACGGGACAGGACUACGACGCUGCCAAUCUGCAGUGCACAGACAUGGAUGAGUGUGUGGAUGAGUCUCUGUGUGCCGGUGGACAGUGUCUGAACACAGAUGGCUCGUACAUGUGUUUCUGUACCCAUCCCAUGGUGCUGGAGCCCAGCAGUAACCGCUGUGUCUUCAUUCCUGAGGCAGCUGAGCAACAUGAGGUGGAGCAGACGGACUACCAAGGGAUCUGCUGGCAGACGGUAACACAGAGCAUGACAUGCACGCGGCCGCUGGGUCCCGACAGGAAGACCACGUACACAGAGUGCUGCUGUCUGUACGGCGAGGCCUGGGGCAUGGACUGUGCCCUGUGCCCCUUCAGGAACACUGAGGAUUAUGCAUCCAUGUGUAACCUUGGCGGGCGGCGGGCAUACGGUCAUGACGCCCUUGUUGCCGGCCCCGUCCAUGAAUAUGAAGUGAGCCCAGACUAUUCACCAUUACCUGAUCCUGUCCUGCCUUUUUACGACAACGAGGAGCCUCCAUUCAAGGCCUUUGAGGGUUUGCAAGCAGAGGAGUGUGGGAUACUGAAUGGCUGUGAGAACGGUCGGUGUGUCCGCGUUCAGGAGGGUUAUACCUGCGACUGCUUUGAUGGAUACACCCUGGACCUGUCCCGCAUGGCCUGCAUUGAUGUGAACGAGUGUUCAGAGCUAAACAACCGGAUGUCAUUGUGUAAAAAUGCUAAGUGCAUCAACACAGUGGGCUCCUAUCAGUGUGUGUGUCUGCCAGGCUUCGCUGCCUCUGACAAACCCAACUACUGUGUGGUCCCAGUAACACACCAAACAGCAACACACACAGGGAGCAUGGACGGACACUAGGGAGCGACAAGAGACACUAUAACCACACGCACAAGCUUGUAUCACUAUACUUAUGAGGAUGUCCACUGACAUUCAGCCACUGCAAAAUCCUCAACACUAAACUUAAAGCUCCCUGGUUUGGUUAAAGUGUCGAGCAGCACUCCCAAUCCAAAAACACCUGUUAGUCAGAAGACACCUGGAGGAGGUAGAGAUGUGGGGGUCAAAUAACACAAUCAGGGAGUAUACCAGUUGAAAAUCUUUUUAUAAUUUUUGCCCAACAUCUAAAUCAAACCAAAAGAACAUACAUCUUAAACCUUGCCUUUGAAUGAAAGUAAGCCCUAUUCUGAUUUUACUCCAUCAUUUAAAAACUAAUCCAAAUCCACAUCUGCCAUUUACCAGUGUCAUGUAUUUUUACUCACCUCCUGCAUUCCCCCUCUGUUCUACAGCACUAUGGAUUCUUUUUUACAAUAAUUGUGUUACUUUGGGUCCUUCAUCAUUUUAGUAGUUUUCCAAUGUAGACAUUUUAAAAA